AAUAUAAAGACUAGAGAUGUAAAGAAAAAAAGUAAUGCGCAAGCGAGGAACUAGCCGUUACGAUUUCACUGUCUUUCCGUCUUUUCUCACUCUUUAAAAUUCAAAACUUUGGAUCGUUAAGUAUUCAUAAUCUUGCAGAUUCUUUAUAUCUUCGUUCAUUUAACGAGCAAGAACUGAGAUUUCUUAAAUAAUUCAUCCCAAUUUCCGAAGGAUCCUUGGGCGAUUUCAUCAUCAGUCAUGGCUUCUUCUCCUGCUAAUUGCAAGGCCUCGGUAUCUUCUUCCUCGUCUCCUUCAGUCCCUUGCCGACCAAACCCUAAACCCAGAAGCUCGGAGACCGGAGAUCUGAUGCGACAGAGUUUUCGAGCCAACCCAUUUCCGGCAGAUUUGUCCCGGAGGAACUCAGCGCGAAGAGAAAUCAGCCGGGUCGAUUUUGGGGAUAAAGAGAACCAGAACGACAAGGAUCAAAUCUCAAAUGUGGUCAAAGCUCCAAAGGGUGUCAAGAACUUCAUGUCACCGACGAUUUCAGCCGUUUCCAAGAUCAAUGCAUCGCCAAGGAAGAAGAUAUUGUCUGAUAAGAACGAAGUGCCUCGAUCCUUGGACAAAACCCACCAUCAUCAGAUUUGUGUCGAUAAGAAGAAGCAAUUUCAUGAGGAGGAAUCACAUGACAUUACUGUCACCGAUUUGGAUGAGAGUCAUGGAAACAAGAGCAAUGGAGAUUUCGAUGACUCAAGCUUCAAGAUUAGCCCUCUCCCUCCUUCUGUUCCAUACGCAUUCGCUGUGUUUGAGUCUCAUCAAGUGGAUCCAUCGCUGGCUCCUUAUGAUCCAAAGAAGAACUAUCUGUCACCGAGGCCUCAAUUUCUUCAUUACAGGCCAAAUCCAAGAGUCGAGCAUCAUUUUGAUGAGUGCAAGCAGCUCGAGGAGCUUUUCAGCUCUGAAAGCUCUUCUUCCGACACUGGUUUGUCAGCAGAGGAAAGCCAACUAGAAGAGGAAGUUACUUCAAAGGAAGGCGUAGUAGCAGUAGAAGAAGAGACGGAAGUAAUCAAGGACGAGAGUGUUGAGGAGCGUUUGGAAGCAGCGGAGGUUGAUGAAGAAGUAGUGGUUGGUGAAAGCACUGAAGAAGAAGAAACUCAUCAGUUUUCAAAGCAGUCUCGCUUCAACACUUCCAAGUUGCUUGGUUGGAUUUUGGUUCUUGGUGUGGCGUAUUUGUUGUUGGCUUCUUCAGUGACAUUUACUCAGCCAAGCAUCAUUCAGGAUUCACAAUUCUACAAGUUCCAUAUUCCACCAGAAAUCACAAAGACUGCAACAGAGAGCUUUGAGCAGUUUAGUGUCAAGCUGAGGAUGUGGGCAGAAUCAUCACUGGUGUACAUGGAUAAGCUGAUCUCAAGUCUACGAAGACAAGAAGGAUAUGAUAUUUUUCAAUAUCAUAAUUUGACAGAUAUUUUGGAAGAUACCAGAUUCUCUGAUACUGUUUUCCAGACACCUGGUGGUGAAAUCAUUGUUGCUGGGUUGCUGAUGGAUAGCCAAGCCCGGAGCUUGGAAAUAGAUAUGGAAGAAGAGAUUGUUGGUCAUCAGGAACCUGAACAACCGGAGAAGGAUGGUGAAAUCGUUCUUGAAGCUGUCUACAAUGGGGACGGCAGUGAAUCUGAGCAGGGGAGUGAAGGAGGAGAGGUGAACUCAGAAAUGGUUUUUGAAUUUGAUACGCAGGCUGAGAUCAAGACGGCCACAGAUGCAGAUAUGAAAGGAGGUGAAGAAUAUGUAGAAUCUCUUUCUGAAGAGGAAGAAAGUGAUGGCCAAGAAACUGAUGGUGUUGAAGGGCAGAGUGAAUAUGACCAGAAGAAGCUGAAGGAAGGUCGUGAAUCUGAAACUAAAGCAGCCCAAAAUGAUGAGAAGAACAUAGUAGAAGCUGAAUCCGCCGCACACCAGAUAGAAGAUGUUGAGUCUGCUGCAUUCAGUGGUCACCAGCAAGUAGACACUGAAGUAGCCAAUGCUGAAACUGGCUUUGAAGAAGAAGGUAUUGGGGAAAUUGCUGAAUCCAGCUCCGAUAUUUCAGCAGAAACGACUGAUGAAGAUGGUAAUGAUUUGGAAGAAGACAGUAGGAUCGGUGAAGAAGUUGCUAAUGAAGCAGCAGAAUGGAAGGAAAUUUUGUUGAGUAACCAGAAGAAAGUUGUAGUCUUGUUUUCUACUGUGAUGGUUAUGCUUGCUGCAGCAGCUGCUUUCUUAUUAGCUAAGAAGAAGGCAAAACCUGCGAUGAUGCUACAUGAAGAUGGUGAAGCAGCAACAAUCUCUGACGCUAAAGAGGUAAAUUUUGAGCAUGUGCCAGUAGAGAAUCUGAUCAAAGAAAAGCUCUGUUCUCUGAAUUUCCAUGAAGAAGAAGAAGAAGUUGAUGAUGACAGAACAAGAGAGGUAUCAUCAUUCCCUUCUGAGAUGAGCUUUAGUUCCAAGAAGAACAAAUCAUUGCACGGCUGCAACGACAGAGAUGAUCUUAAAGAAUAUCAAAGCGGAGGAGGAGGAGGCAGGAAGAGUAACGAUAGCGGCGAAUCUAUGGCGUCCUCGGCAUCAGAAUAUACUAUAGGCUCUGUUUCAUAUGGAAGUUUCACAACAUACGAGAAGAUACAAAAGAGAAGUGGUCGUAAAGAGAAAGAGAUGGUAACACCGGUGAGGCGUUCAAGCAGGAUCAGGAACCAUCAACAUUCUGGUAAUCAGUGAUCGGGGUUUGGUCGCCCAAACGGAAACAGAGAAAGCUGCAGCUCAAGAGAAACCAAAAGCUAAACCUGCAGUCAAAACAAGGUCCUCUCCUUUGUCCGUACACAGAAUCUUUGUUGACAUCCCAACGUGGCUCUACAACACCAUUUUGCUUUGCUUGUGUGCUAGGCAAUUGUAAACCGCUUAACCUGUAGGAAAUGAAAAUGGAAUCUUGAUUUUUUUUUUGUGUGUCUCUUAUCUAAGCUUUAAAAUUUUAUUUCUCUAAAGAAAAUAAAGUCUCAUAAAGGAACGC